AUGGUUGACACAAUUCGAAGUAUAGAUAUCGAGAGCGGUCGUCUCAAAGACGUGGACAACGGCCAAAGCUUGCGAGGAUAUUCCAUCCAUGUAGUACCACAAUCCUUUGGAAGCACGAUUGGUAGUCCGACCGCAUUAGCGACUACUCUUACAACGCUCUCUUGUGCUCUUAUGGGAUUCCGCGGGCUAUCUAAUACAGAUGUUUUCGUUGCGAAUUUCAAUUUUUGUGCAGGUAUAGGCAUGGUUAUCUCUGCUCAGUGGGAGCUCAUUCGAGGCAAUUCAUAUGGCUAUACUGUCCUGAGUGCUUUUGGACUUUUCUAUGCUGGAUUUGGUGCAUUGGACAUUCCUUUUCUGGGGAUCGUAGCUGCAUAUGGAAAUGAUGCUGUACAGUAUAAUAAUGCCCUUGGAUUCUUUGUCUUAUUGUGGUCUGUCUUCAACUUAUUUUUCUUGAUCGGAUCACUUCCAAUAAACCUCGUCUAUAUUGCCAUCUUCUUUUUUGUACAACUAGCUUUCACUCUCGUCAGCGAAUCGUAUUUCUGCGCUGCAGACGGCAAUCUUGGAACAGCUGCCGCACUCAAGAAAACUGCCGGAGCCUUUGCUUUUAUCGCGGGGAUGUUUGGAUAUUAUACUGUGGGACAUUUGAUGUGCCAGGAAGCACUAUUUUUCGAUUUUCCAAUGGGCGAUACUAGUCGAUUCUUCAGGAGGAAAUUGAACAAUGAGAGGCCAGUUCCACAACCACAUGAGAAGGAAUCUCAAGCCUAG